CAGCAAACACGACUUUCCGAUGGCUCGAUCUCAUUAAGUACCGGGCGGGUUGCUAGCCACCCUUAACACUUCAAAUCUCCUUAAAGCUUUCUCUGUCGCGUUAAGGACAUUAGCUUCCGCUGUGAACGGGUUUUUGGUGUCCGACGAGCCAUUCACUUCAAGUGGGCCGUGAGAAAAUAGUACCGGCAACUCGAGCUAAACCUAGGAGAUCGGAUAGCGGGGUCCCAUUGUGGGAGCGGGCAGGGUUUUGUAUAUGCACCAUGGUCACAAGUGACGUGUGGACUGUUACUGAAUAGAACACACGGACAUGUACAGUAUGAAGAUACCAUGAGCGUUUCUACCAAGGUAGGGAUACAAGUACAGGACGUACAAACAUGUCUACAGCCGAACAGAAGCUACUACGGAUACAAGAAGAGGCACAAAUCACCCUGAAGGAAGCCAUGAGGAACGAGAGGUCGAAGCGAUGGAAGAGGGUGGUAGAAAACUACACCCAUCUGUUAAAGCUCGUGUCCCGUCGGAACUUACCGGAAGGAUACGAACCACCCGCCAGUAAACACAUCAUGUUGCUUUAUGAGUCAUACUACCAUCUCGGACUGGCCCUACAGAACUUAGGUCGGCACCGAGAGGCGAUCAAACAAUACACCAAGGCGAUCAAGGUCGUCAGUAUACCGAAGAAUGGCUGCUUGGCCGGAUGUCAUUCCAACUCUUGCCUGAUGACGCCGCUGUUUGCUAAGAGGGCCUUUGCUUAUGCAAAAUGCUGGGACAGGAAAAAUGCACUGAGGGAUGCAGAAAAGGCCGUGGUGCUAGACAAUGUCAACCCGGAUGUGUACUGCAUCAGGGCGCUGGCAUGGAUGACUUUCAAUGAGGAGAAAAUGGCAAUACAAGAUUUGAGCACAGCGCUCAAGAGAAACCCUCGGCACGCAUGCGCAUUGAUCCUGAGGGGUACGAUAGACCGACCAAUGAUAAUAGACGUUCCUGAGGUCAGCCAAACUGUGAUUAACCAGGAUCACGUGAAAGCGCUGGAGAUGAAUCCGCACACCAACCUGUAUCUUGAUGUAAAAGACUUCGAAAGUCCCAAAAUAAUCGACUUUUAUAACAGAUUUUUGUUCUCCCUAAACGUCCCGCACACCGUGUCCUCCAUCAGCCUGGUGUCAGAGGCGCACAGCCGCAAACAGACACACACCACCACACACCACAGUCCACAGGCGGGCCCCGGCAUGGCUUGGUCAACAGGCUCUGUCCCUGCAGCCACACAACUGUCCUCCCCCGACACGCCCCCGAUGGACACCCGGGGACCGACCCGGCCGCCCUUCAGGUGCGGCACGCCCAGCAGACUGCAGAGGAGCGCAGAUUCCGCUGUGAGGCGCUGGCAGUACGGCAUGGCCAUCCGGGCGCACUCCAUCCAGCAAGCAGCGGACCCCAUUUCUGGCCACAUACGAGCACUGACGGGAGACAGACGGUCCCAGAGCGCCCACCCGCUGAUGGCCGCUACCAUCCAACCUGUUCAACCAACCACAGCACAGCGUAGAGUCAAAACGGCCACGCCCUUCACCAAGGGAGCCACGCCCAUGGCAACGGGUUUGGCUGUUCCCAGCGGGGCCUCAGAGGAAACUAUUAAGGUGUUUGAACAGGUGAAUCUGGACAACAUGCCCAGGAUGUACUACAAGCCAUGGAAAGGAGACAAACUUCCAAUGACGGAAACCGAGAGAAGAAAAACUGCUCCAGUCUUCAAAGUGUGACGACAGUUUAUGACUUCUGAUCAGUGGAAAAGGAAUAUUAGAUCAGAGAGGGAGA